AUGGAGAUUGGAGUGAGAACUAUUUCUUUUCCUUUUUAAAAUUUAGUACUAUUAUAUUACCUUUAAUUUGAAAACAUUAUUCAUCCAGUAAUUCUACUUGGAUAGUAUUAAAAAAUUCACACUUAGUUUAUCAAAAAAAAAAAAAAAACACACAUUUAAGUCGGAAAAUAUACGUCAAUAGAAAAUUAGAAACAAAAAAAGAGUAGAAUGAUGUUAUAUUUCCCGCCAAAUAGUGCCUAGAAAAAUCCCAAUACCUAAAGCGAGUGCCGUCUCCCGCCUACAGCACCACUGAUAGCAGAUCCACAAACAAAGAAAACUACAAGUCCAAAAACAGAUAGAAUUACAAAGCCAAAAUCUUCAAAAGAAUGAGUGGAGUUAUAAGAAACAAAGUACAGAGAAAAUUCAAGAUGAGAGGUUACUCUCUCAAAGUUGAAGCACUCCCUGAAGUCCUCUCUUUCCUUAACCAUUUUCCCUCCGAUGCCUUAAACGACGCUCUUGAACUCCUUCUCGAUGAGCUCCACCAUCUUUCAUUGAAAUCUUCGAUUUUGGAUAAGGAGUCAGUGCAUAAAGUGGUGAGCAUUUUAUUGGAGGCAGAUGCUGCUGUUGAGGAGAACCCUAGUUCAAGUGGUUCACCUGCUUCUGCACUUCGUGUUAUUGAUGCUUUUCUUGUACCUAAAUUCCGAUAUGAUCCUGUUAAGAAGUACUUUCACGAGCAUACAGGGAGGCUUCCCAUUCACGGCGAUGCCUCUGCAAAAGCCACCUUAUACAAGGAUAGAUUCCUCUUAUUGUUCCAGAGAUUAUCUCGUGAUCCACGGUUUUCAACCCUUGCUUUUGAUGCCUCUACUUCUGAGCAUGGCAGCUGUGAGAUAUCUCCCAUUCAAUCUCUUGUUGGACGGGUAGGCAGAAGAUGGAUAAUGGGAGUAAUAUCUCAGUUGGAGGAUGGUCAUUUCUACUUGGAAGACCUUACUGCAGCUGUUGAAGUAAAUUUAUCGAGUGCAAAGAUAACUACAGGUUUCUUUGUGGAAAAUACAAUUGUCCUGGCAGAGGGUGAAAUGCAGUUGGAUGGUGUUUUUCAGGUCAGAACAUGUGGAUUUCCUCCAUUAGAGGACAGAGAAAAGUCCAUGGCAUUCUUUUCAGGAUUAGACUUCUUUGGUGGUGGUAUUCUUACCAAAGAGGAAACUCUGAGACUUGCAGAGCUGGAGAAAAAAGCUGUGAAUGAUAUGUUUGUUAUACUAUCUGAUAUAUGGCUGGACAGUGAGGAGACUUUGGAAAAUCUGGAGACUAUCCUCAAUGGUUAUGAAAGUGUAGAGGUGGUUCCUUCUUUAUUUGUCUUCAUGGGAAAUUUCUGCUCUCAGCCAUUCAAUCUUUCAUUCAAGUCGAUCUCAAGUCUCAGAGUUCAGUUUGGAAAGCUUGGACAAAUGAUUGCAACACACCAACGACUAAAAGAUCAUAGUCGGUUUCUUUUUAUCCCUGGUCCUGAUGAUGUAGGUCCUUCAACAGCCUUACCCAGAUGUCCUUUGCCUAAAUACCUAAUUGAAGAACUUCAGAAGUAUGUUCCGAAUGCAAUAUUCUCCAGUAACCCAUGCAGAAUCAGGUUUUACACCCAAGACAUUGUGCUAUUCCGCCAAGAUAUGCUUUAUAGAAUGCGAAGGUCAUGUCUAAUACCUCCCUCAACGGAAGAAACCAGUGAUCCAUUUGAGCAUCUUGUUGCAACUAUAAUACAUCAAAGCCAUCUCUGCCCCCUCCCCUUGACGGUUCAACCCAUUAUCUGGAAUUAUGAUCAUGGUCUACACCUUUAUCCAACCCCGCAUACGAUAGUUUUAGGGGACAAAAGUGAGCAGAAAGCUUUCAGGUAUACAGGAGUUACAUGCUUUAAUCCUGGUUCCUUCUCAAAUGAUGGCACAUUUGUGGCAUACCGGCCGUGCAAUCAGGAAGUAGAAUUAUCAGCAUUGUAACUUGUAAGCAUCAACUUCAAGCUGGCAUCUUAGCUUAGUGAUUUAACUCUUUGGUGGCUAAAUUAGUCUCAAUUGUCUUUUGGCUCUUUCAUUAUCUUUUUCCGUCUAUAUGAUGGUUAUGCAUACUAAUUUAUGCCCUAGUCUACUCCAUUAUUAAGCUUUUAGUAUACUUAAUUCUUACAGGUUGUAACUCAUUUAUUAUCAGUCGAUUGUCUAAGUCAAAUAAUCUUGGAUGGCUGAAAACUUUAAAUUUAAGAAAUGUUAAUCGGUUCCUCUUCUAA